GUGCCGGACCCCGAGUCCGGCUCGCUCGUUCUCCCCCCAGGGACGAAACCCCGCCCGUCCUGUCCCCGAAGCCAUGGGGCGGCAGUGGGAGCCUUCCACGAGGGCAGCCGUGCAGUCGGGCUGCGUGGUGAGCGCCUGUCGCGCGGGGCGACCGGAGGCGGGCUCGUGGAGCUGCAGCGGGGUGAUCGUGAGCCGCAGCCCGGGCCUGGUGCUGUGCCACGGGGGGAUCUUCACCCCUUUCCUUCGGGCGGGCAGUGGCUCUCUGACGGAGGCCGGAGUCGCCUUCCUGCCGGGCGACAGUUGCCGUGACGACCUGCGCCUUCACGUGCAGUGGGGGCCGCCGGCCUCGAGUGCCUCGGGUCACGCGGAGCCCGAGCGGCCGGGGGUGUGCACGCCCCGGUGUGCGGGUCCCGAGCCCCCCACCCGGGCGGCCGGCCGGCCCCGCCCGCGACCUCCCCCGCGCCCGGCCGAGCUGCUGCUGCUGCUGAGCUGCCCGGCCUUCCGCGCCCACUUCGCGCGCCUCUUCGGGGCCGAGGCGGCCGAGCAGUGGCACUUCGCGAACUCGGCGCCCCACGACGAGCUGUCGGAGGAGGAGGAGGAGGACCAGCUGAGAGCGCUGGGCUGGUUCGCGCUGCUGCGGGUGCCGCCCGGCGGGGAGACGCCGCCCGAGCUGGAGCGCGCGCCCGCCGCGGCCGUGGCCGUGGCCCCGCUCGGGACCGUGCCCAAGGGCGCCCCGCUGCUGGCCUGCGGAUCCCCGUUCGGAGCCUUCUGCCCGGACAUCUUCCUCAACACGCUGAGCCGAGGCGUGCUGAGCAACGUGGCGGGGCCCCUGCUGCUGACCGAUGCUCGCUGCCUGCCCGGCACCGAGGGCGGAGGCGUGUUCGCCGCGCGGCCCGCGGGCGCGCUCGUGGCGCUGGUGGCCGCGCCGCUCUGCUGGAAGGCCCGCGAGUGGGUCGGCCUCACGCUGCUCUGCGCCGCCGCCCCGCUGCUCCGCGCCGCCCGCGCCGCCGCCCAUCGCCUGCGCUGCCCGGAAGCCUCCGCCCUGGCCGCCCUCCUGCCGCCCGAGGCGGGCUCCCCACGGGGUUCGCCCCUGCCGGACCUCGGGCCCCCGUGGGCGGCCGCCGCCGUGUUGGUGGAAUGCGGCACCGUGUGGGGUUCGGGAGUGGCCGUGGCGCCCCGCCUUGUGCUGACCUGCCGACACGUGGCCCCCAGAGAGGCAUCCAAGGUCCUGGUGCACUCUGCCACCCCCAAGAGUGUGGCAGUCUGGGGACACGUGGUGUUUGCCACCCAGGAGGUAUGUCCAUAUGACAUAGCGGUGGUGAGCCUGGAGGAGGACCUGGACGGUGUCCCCACGCCUGUGCCCGCUGAGCACUUCCACGAAGGUGAUCCUGUCAGUGUGGUGGGCUUUGGUGUCUUCGGCCAGGCCUGUGGACCCUCGGUGACCUCGGGCAUCCUCUCGGCUGUGGUGCAGGUGGAGGACGCCCCGGUGAUGCUGCAGACCACGUGUGCUGUGCACGGCGGCUCCAGCGGAGGACCUCUCUUCUCCAACCGCUCAGGAGACCUCUUGGGCAUCGUUGCCAGCAACACCCGGGACAAUAACACAGGGGCUGCCUACCCGCACCUCAACUUCAGCGUUCCCAUCACCGUGCUGCAGCCGGCCUUGCAGCGGUACAGCCAGACCGGUGACCUGAGCGGCCUCCGAGAGCUGGACCGCGCCGCUGACCCGGUCAGGGUGGUGUGGCGGCUGCAGCGGCCCCUGCCCGACGUCCCCCGGAGCAAGCUCUGAGGCCGCGCCCCCCGCCAGGGAGAAGCGGGACCACUGUGUGACGGGGGAAGCGGUGCUGAGGUGGUGCCAACCUGGGCAGCCGGGAUCCAGCCCCUGCCAGGGCAUGCUCCCUUCGGGCCUUCUCCCCGUCUCUCCCCACUGACUGCCGGGGCACAGACUUCGCUGCAGCCCACUUUGGGGUGUUUUCUUGAGCCCUCACCUCUCUCUGUCCCCUCAGCAGUAUCAUGGUCCCUUUCUGGGGGUUCCGGACCACUAGACAGAUGCUGCUGGAAGGCGGGCAGAGUUGGGGCAGCGGCUCCCUAGGGCCGGGGUUCUUGCCUGCCACUGUGGUCAGCUGGGACUCUGCUCUGAGCAGCUAGAAACAGGGGUGUCUGUCUCUGUCGCCACACCUAGGGCCAGGCAAGUCCCGGAAAGCCAGGACGCGUGGGACCUCACUCUGACAGGGCCUUGUUUUCCUCGGAAUCAUCUAACACGUGGGGGCUGGGAAAUAAACCAUCUUCUUGAUGA